AUGGAUUCGACAUAUCUGGAUCCCAUAACACCCAACACAAUUGAAUAUGACUUUGAAGACUAUGCCCUGAAACAUGGUAUUCCGGAAACCUUGGAUCCUUUGCCCUACCGCAAAGCUGGUUCCGUCUUUGCGACAGGUGAAGAAGCCGAACCCGUAUUGACGAGUGCCAAGCAUGAUCCCCGUCUUCGAACAGUGGUAUGCCGUCACUGGCUGCGAGAUCUGUGCAUGAAGGGAAGUGCUUGCGAAUUCUUGCACCAAUAUGAUUUGAGUAAAAUGCCACUGUGCCGGCAUGGGGAUCGCUGCAAAAUUAAGGAUUGUCCCUUUCGGCACAUUAGUGAAGCCAAUCGGCUAGAAUGCGUCUUUUACAGUCAAGGCUUUUGUAUUCAUGGACCAUUUUGUCGAUACAAGCACGUUCGGAGAGAUCGAUUGGACCUUCCUGCGGUUGCGGAUUUCACCUUGGGAUUGAGUCAGAUGCAAGCUGCUGGGAAAGAUGGAGUGACCCCGCGAAGGCCAGCUCCCAAACCCAAUGAAUUUUACAAGAUUAGUCUAUGUAAGCAUUUUAUGCAAGGAGAAUGUCCCUUUGGAGAGGGAUGUCACUUUGCCCAUGGCGAACACGAAUUGCGUACCUUUCCGAAAGGGGGGCAAAAGCCAGGCGAAGAGAUCGAGGAGAAGGAGUUGUCGGAUAACAUGUUUGCCAAUCAGGAUACAUCCACUGUUGAUUACUUUCAAGGUGGUGCCAGUGGAGGAGGUAAACCAAAUCCAAUUGUGGAACCAGAACAAGCCCACUUUUUCAUUUUGCUGGCUGCAACGCAAGAUGAUUUGGCCUAUUCCACGGUCGAAAAGGAAUGGUACGUAGAGCCAAAGCAUGCCAAGCUCUUGAAUCAAGCCUAUCUUGACAAGCAAAACAGGGUAUUUCGUCAAGUCAUGCUCUUCUUUACCGUGUCGGCGUCGCGACACAUUCAAGGGGCUGCUCUCAUGACCAAAAAGGCUACCUUGGUGGACAAGACAUCCAAAUUCCCGUAUGUCAUUGGAUUGGAAUGGUAUCGUACUACUGAAUUUCCUAUCGAGACUGCUUUGGAAGCGGCUCCCGAUUUGCUGCUUCCGACCCAGAGCACGCAACUCUGUCAAGAUAUGAAGUGGAAGACUGGCGAGUCCCUCAUGAAGGCCUUGUGGAAUUCACCUCUAGUGACUCUGUACGAAAAUUGGGCAGACGGCGACGACGAGGAUGAUGAAAACAACGAGCCCGUUCUGCCUCCUCCGGCACCCGACAAGCUUUUGGAAGACUUUCGUUGUCCACCACCAUCGCAAAAUGGUGCCGCAUGGCCGUGCAUGCCGGGGCCAGGAUUCAUCUUUGGUUGUUCUGCGGAUACCAUGGACGAAUGUCUCGGACGUGGGCUGUUUGGAUUACCGGCGCACAUGAAGGCAGCGGCUUCUCACAUUGUACCCGGAUCUACCAUCUUUCUCUUCAAUGUGACGGAUCGUCUCUUAUUUGGAAUCUUUGAAGCCUUGACGACGGCACAGCUCAAUUUGGUCCCCACUGCCUUUUCCAAGAACCCAAAGGCUACUUCGAGUCCCUUUCCCGUUCAGAUUCGAAUCCGUGUGGGUCUUGAAUGUCCUCCAUUGGAAGAUACGGAUCCCAUGUUGAACGACGUUCUUCGAAAUCGUGGCGGUGGAAGGAUUGGUCCCCUGACCUUUGCUCAGACACAGGCCAUUGCUACCAUGCUGGCGCAACAAUGCGGUGCCUUGGACUAUAUGUUGGAUUACCAAUCGGGGGACAUUUUGGAUCCUCCUCCCAUUGCCCUGCCGCCAAAGAAGAUCAAGUCCAAACCAAUCGAUGGCAUGGACGUGGAUAUGAAAUAA